AUGGAUAAAAGUUGGUUAUUGAAUCGAAGUUGGAUACAUGAAUCACGCUUAAGUUGGAAGUAUGAGACGGGAGUGGAAUACUUUAUUGAAUAUGUAAUACAGAAUGCUAAUAAUGAUAUGAAUGGGAAAUUUUUCUGUCCUUGUGUUAAUUGUUGUAAUGGAAGUCGUCUAGAACUUGAUGUUAUAAGGGAACAUCUUCUCUGUGAUGGUUUUCUUAAGAAUUAUACACGUUGGAUAUGGCAUGGUGAAAAUAUUGACAUUCCAACUGUCUCAAUUGAAACUCCAACUCAAACUUUUACACAAGAGAUAGAUAUGGAUGAUCAACUAGAGGAGAUGAUUCGUGAUGUGGGUCCAAAAUCAUUCCAGCGAGCACAUAUGUAUGAAUCUUUGUGUAGUGAUUCGGAGAAGCCGUUGUAUCCAAAUUGCACGAAAUUUACAAGAUUGUCAGCGAUGUUGAGAUUGUUCAAUCUGAAGGCAAGAAAUGGGUGGAGUGAUAAAAGCUUCACAGAAUUGUUAGAACUAUUGAAAGAAAUGCUUCCGGAGGGUAAUACAUUGCCUAGUCGUAACUACGAGGCAAAAAAGUGUCCAAGAUGUGGGUUGUCACGAUAUAAAAAAAAGCAAGAUGAUUCUGAUUAUGAUGUGAGCACUAAGGGUCCUCCAGCUAAGGUUUUAUGGUAUUUACCAAUUAUUCCAAGAUUAAAACGUCUGUUUGCUAAUGGGGAUAACGCAAAGCUAAUGAGAUGGCAUGAAGAUGAGAGGAAGUGUGAUGGACAACUUAGGCAUCCAGCAGAUUGCUUACAAUGGAAAAAAAUUGAUUCUAUGUUUCCACAUUUUAGCAAGGAGCCAAGAAAUGUUAGGCUUGGACUAGCUACGGAUGAAAUGAAUCCGUUUGGUAAUUUAAGCACUAAGCAUAGUUCAUGGCCUAUUUUAUUGGUAAUUUACAAUUUACCUCCUUGGUUGUGUAUGAAGCGCAAAUAUGUGAUAUUAUCUAUGAUGAUUUCUGGUCCAAGGCAGCCCGGAAACGACAUUGAUGUCUAUUUAACUCCAUUGGUUGAAGACUUGAAGAUGUUAUGGGAGAAGGGAAUUGAUGUGUACGAUGGGUAUUCAUGUGAAUCAUUCAAGUUACAUGCCAUGUUAUUUUUCACAAUCAAUGAUUUUCCAGCAUAUGGAAACUUGUGCGGGUAUAGUGUUAAAGGGCACAAAGCUUGCCCUAUAUGUGAAGAGGACACUUGUUACCAUCAACUAGUUAAUUGGAAGAAGACAGUUUACCUUGGUCAUCGAAGAUUUCUUCAACCUAACCAUCCAUAUCGAAGGUUAAAGAAAGCUUUUAAUGGAUGUCAAGAAUAUGGCAUAGCACCUAUUGCAUCAACCAGUGAGCAAGUUUAUGACCGGGUAAAGAAUUUAAAUGUGGUACUUGGAAAGUUGAAAAAACAACCCAAAGAAAAAAACAUAUGA